ACCAAAUCUCGCAGGGCCCACCUGCCGGCUGGCGGGCUUACAGGCCGCGAUGCCACCGGGCCCAGAUGUCUCCCAGGCGCUCGGUCCCAAUCCCAAGUCCAGCAGGGGUCAAGCCUAGGUCUUCCUCUCUUCUCCCGGCCGUCGCCACCACCUGCAAUUCCUAGCUAGGGCUCCAUCGGCGAUCGCACGCCGGCGCCGCCGCCAUCCCUGUCCUCCGCCGCCCCGACCACCUUGCAGGUUCAGACUGAAGUGCAUCUUGGCGAUGGAUCAACACUCACAGACAAAGGUAGAGGAUGUAGUGAUGGUAUCUGGAGCUCCAUCAGCAGGCACUGCCUUUCCUGCAGGCUCCAAUGGUGGUCCAGUCGUUUAUGCGGCCGCCCCACUACAGCAGCAACUUCCACUCCAACAGAAGCAGGAGGUUCAGCAACAGCUUCAGACCUUCUGGGCCGACCGAAAGACUGAGAUCGAGCAGAUAACCGACUGCAAGACCCACAGCCUACCCCUCGCGAGGAUCAAGAAGAUAAUGAAGGCUGAUGAGGACGUCCAGAUGAUCGCUGGUGAGGCGCCAGCGGUCUUCGCGAAGGCCUGCGAGAUGUUCAUUCUGGAGCUGACGCUGAGGUCGUGGCUCCAAACCAGAGAGAACAAUAGGAAUACACUGCAGAAAAAUGAUAUCGCCACUGUGGUCUCCAGGAAUGACGACUUUGAUUUCCUGGUGGACGUCAUGCAGGAGAAUGGCGCGGUGUUGCCACCUGUGACCUUGCAGACCAUGGUCCCAGGAAUGGGCAUUCCCUUUGGAAUGUAUGGAAACCAGCUGCCAACUGCUUUCGCUUGGCCGCAGCCGGAGCAGCAGCCCCCUUACAAUGGUGAGCAGCAGCAGGAGGAGGAGGAGGAGGAGGAGGAGGAGCCGCCUUACAACGGUGGACAAGACGUAUGAGUGUAGCUGAUGAAAGCGGGAGAAUCAAGCCGUGCGAUUAGUGUCCUAAUGUGGUUGACUCGGCGCAUUUGUAUGUUAUAGUUACCAUUCUGGGGUGCUUUGGCUGGAACAUUGGUGAAAGUGACUAUUUGUGCUUAUUUAAACUGUCUUUUGUUUCUGAUAGUAGGUAAACUGAGCUACCUUUUGAUGUAAACUUCAUCAGGCUUUGACAUGAAUGUCUCUGUUAGUCUCAGGUCUUGCAGUGGCAUAGCUUUUUUACAGAUAUCUACAGAGUUUGUACUUAGUUAACAUUCUGGUGUGAUU